UCUCUGAAAUCAAAGUUAUCUUUUACUAGCAACAAUGGCGGAGAAACACAUCCUACUAGUAACAUUCCCCGCGCAAGGCCACAUCAACCCUUCCCUCCAAUUCGCAAAGCGCCUAGCCAAACACGCCCUUAUUAAAGUCACCGUCCUCACCAGCGCCUCUGCCACCGCCCGCAUGUCCCACACUCUCUCCCCUUCCUUCCACUCCCUAAUCGACGUCGUUUCCUUCUCCACCGCCUUCGAUUUAUCCACACAAGAAGACUUCCCCAAAUUCUUCCUAGACCUCUCCCAACACGGCAUCAAAGCCGUCGAAGACGCCGUCGCCGCCAAGCGAGCCGAAGGCCGCCCCUACACUCGGAUCGUCUACAAUCUCCUCGUGCCGUGGGCCGGUCGCGUCGCCCGCCGCCUCGGCGUCCCCUUCACGCUCCUCUGGAUCCAACCGGCUGCUCUCUUCAGUGUCUAUUUUCAUUACUAUAGUAAGAAAUUUAAUCCUUCCGAUGAAAUGAUCGAGCUGCCGGGGCUGCCGCGCCUCCGCCGCGGCGAUCUGCCGUCUUUUUUUCUCGAGACGAAUCCGAGCGCGUACAAUUUAGUGAUUCCGACGUUGAUUGAUAAUUUCGAGAUUUUGGACGGAGAGGAUGAGCGGGCGACGGUGGUGGUGAACACGUUCGACGCGUUGGAGGCUGAGGCUCUGAGAGAUUUGGAUAAGUACAGAAUGCUGGCGAUCGGGCCGUUGAUUCCUUCUGCGUUUUUGGACGGUGCCGAUCAAUCCGAUUCCAGCUUCGGAGGUGAUUUGAUUCAGAAAAUUGACGAUUGCAUACAAUUUUUGGAUUCUUCGGAGAGGGAAUCGGUGAUCUACGUGGCGUUCGGGAGCUAUUCGGAGCUGCCGCGGUUGCAGACGGAGGCGAUAGCGGAGGCGCUGGUGAUGAUCCGGAGGCCGUUUCUGUGGGUGAUGAGAGACUCGGAGGAGAGAGAGAAGCUGAGUUGUAAAGAGGAGUUGGUGAAAAGAGGGAGAGUGGUGAAUUGGUGCAAUCAGGUGGAGGUUCUGUCGCACCGUAGCGUCGGUUGCUUCGUGACGCACUGUGGGUGGAAUUCGACGCUGGAGAGCUUGGCGGUGGGGGUGCCGGUGGUGGCGCUGCCGCAGUGGACGGAUCAGGGUACGAAUGCGAAGCUGGUGGAGGAUUUGUGGGGGUGUGGAGUGAGGGCGGCGAAGGGGGAGAUUGUGGAGAGCGAUGAGAUCGUGCGGUGUUUGGAGAUGGUGAUGGACGGUGGAGAUGAGAGUAGGAAGAUGAGGGAAAACGCUAAGAAAUGGAGGGAUUUGGCGAGGGAGGCUGUGAACGACGGUGGAACGUCUCAAGUUAAUCUUGGCAUCUUCUUGGAUCAAAUUGUUGGCGGCGGUUAAUAAACGGUUGGAUUAUUACAUAAAUAAAAGCAAAAUUAAAUAAAUAUUAUAUGUUGUUCGAUAAUAGUAGUAUAUGAUUAAACAAGAUACUAAUAUUAGUGAGGUGUUUAGUAAUUUAGAUUAUUGAAUGGAUUAAAUUAUAAAGAUGAUAAAAAAUUACUACAUUA